GCAAUCCCUGUGUCAUUUGAGGCUUCGUCUUUCGAUGUCAUCUUUUCGACCUCGUCGCAAUACCCCGUGCAAUUCAAUGGGAGAUUGAAGAACUUUGCCAGGACCGAGGCCUUUAUGCGAAUGGUCGAGUCUCCCAUCAGGAAGAACUUGUUGUUGAGCUUGUUUGCCGAUCUGCGCUUGAGACACGAUUCCGAAUCCAUUUGCGGGAAAAUCUUGAGUUUGCAUGCUGAUGGUCAUGGCAGAGGAAGUGGAGUGAGUGCUGUGCCGUCAUUACCCCCAAUCAAUGGAUCAGCAGUUGCUGGACGCAGAUCAAUUGAUGACCAGCAAUCAGGACCUCAUUAUGACGCCAUGAAAAGAUCAAGAAGCUUUGAUGCCAGGAUCAGCAACAGCGGAAGGCAGUACCAGUAUGGCAACCCUGGUCUACCCGCAGGAAACAAGCAGCAGCUCAGACAACCAGGUGGCGCUACA